AUGGCACAAAUGAUGAUUAUCUCAUUGUUGUUCCUCUCCCUCACAAUCUUAGGUUUUUUGGGCACGGUCGAGUCACGUUCGAGUGCAAGGACGUACCUAGAGACGCAAUGUCAACCAACAUUAUACGCCGAUCUAUGUGUAAGAACUCUCUUACCAUAUGCGGAAAAAAAUGAACUACCUAGCCCGCAAAAAAUAGCUCAAAUUUCACUUACUACAUGUCUAGACAAAGCGCGAUUCUUAAAGACUUAUGUGGACAAGCUAGCAAAAGAGUAUUACUAUAAUAAAAUGAAAAAUCCUGAAGAACACCAAAACUUGGCUGAAUGCCUGCAGCAGAUUAAGAACAGAGUGAACCAAAUUACUCAAUCUGUCAAGAAGUUACAAAAGAUGGGACACGACGGAGAGGAGAAUUUUGCGCGGCAAAGCUGGGUCAGGGCAGCCCAAACGGAUACCACAAUCUGCAUUGAUGGUUUUUCGGAGAAUGAAUUUGGGAGUAAGGCAAAAAGUAUGAUCAAAGAAAGGUUUCUGAAUGUGAAACAACUUGCUAGCAAUUGUCUUGUGUUGUUAAAUUAA